ACGCACUUGAAACCACAUGGUGGCAAAGUAUCGCACACAAAGUGGAGUUCGCUGGUAACCAGAUGUGCAUUUAAAAUAUUUGCAGUCAAUAAAGAUAUCAUGUCGCAGCUACAGGCUCGUUUCUUCACCGAAAACAAAAAGUAUUUGAUAGACGAUGUCCCAUUCUCCAUCCCUGCUGCUUCUGGAGUGACAGAUCUAAGCUGUGUGAUCAACAAGCUGCUUGAAGCUAAGGAUGCGGGACACAAACAUGUUGAGUUUGACUUCCUGGUCCGAGGGCAGUUUCUGCGUGCAUCGCUGGCCAGUCAUAUGGAGACAGAGAACAUCUCAACAGAAGAAGUUGUGGAAAUAGAGUAUGUAGAGAAGUUCACUGCCCCACAACCAGAGGAGUGUAUCAUGCAUGAUGACUGGAUCAGCUCUGUGGAGGCAGAUGCUGAAUGGAUUGUCACAGGCUCUUAUGAUAAGACAGCACGGAUCUGGUCUAUGGAGGGGAAGGCAGUGAUCACUGUGGCUGGACACACUGAUGUUGUGAAGGAUGUGGCCUGGGUAAAGAGAGAUGGUCUGAACUCGGUGCUCCUGACUGCAUCUCUGGAUCAAACCAUUCUGCUGUGGGAGUGGAACUCGGAAAGGAACAAAGUGAAGGCCCGACAUUGUUGCCGUGGACACGCAGGAAGUGUUGACACUGUUGCCGUCGACCCAAGCAGGACAAAGUUCUGCAGUGGCUCAUGGGAUAAAAUGCUUAAGAUUUGGUCAGCAGUGUUGACAGAAGAAGAGGAUGAGAUUCAGGAACCCAACAGGCCACGCAAAAAACAGAAAACAGAGCAGAUGGGGCUCACACGGACUCCACUCAUGACUCUGUCUGGUCAUAAUGAGGCAGUGUCAUCUGUGCUCUGGAUGGAUGCAGAGGAGCUGUGCAGUGCAUCUUGGGACCACACCAUCCGCCUAUGGGAUGCUGAGACCGGUGGGCAGAAGAGUACUCUAAUGAGCAGUAAGGUAUUCAAUUGUAUCUCAUACUCUCCACUGUGUCGUCGUCUGGCCUCAGGCAGCACUGAUAGACAUGUGCGACUCUGGGACCCAAGAUCUAAAGAUGGCUCUUUAGUUCUCCUCUCUCUCACAUCCCAUAAUGGUUGGGUGACGGCAGUCAAGUGGUCUCCAUCUCAUGAGCAGCAGUUAGUGUCAGGAUCUCUAGACAACAUGGUGAAACUGUGGGACACCAGGAGCUGUAAGGCUCCACUCUAUGAUCUUGCUGCCCAUGAAGACAAAGUACUAUGUGCUGACUGGACAGAGAAUGAGUUAAUUUUGAGUGGAGGAGCCGAUAACAGACUCUACACAUACAGAUUCUCCAACUGCAUCUCUGAUGCAGGAGCAUAGAACAACGUUCACCAUUGCCAUGCCAAUAGCCCAGCCUCAUUUUACAUCAGUGUGACUAUGGGAACAUUGGUGCAACAUCUGCUUUGCUUCAUCACCUCAGAAACAAAACGAGACUGAUAAAAAAAUAUAAAACAGCUACAAAAACACAGUGAGACUCAACAGCCUUAAAAACAACAGUGGCAGUGAAGGAUAGAAAGAAAAAGCCCAUAAGUGUUAAGUUUUUGUUUGAUUUCAUAUUCAGUGUUUAAUUCUCUGAUGUUCAAUACAGUGUCUAUAGCAGUCAUAUUUUUCCAGUUUUUACUCCGUUGCUUUUUCUAUAUAACAAAAUAGAGAAGGAAUAUUGGUUAAUGUUGGCUAUUUGUGUAAAAUUGUUACAUUGCGUUUUAUUCAUUUUUGCAGACAAUAUCAUGAAGUUAUAUUAUUUUGAGUGUGAUGUUUAGAAGAUCGUCUACACGUAAAAACCUGUUGGUAAAUAUUUCACUAUUUCUGAUAAUGGUGAUCGUUGGACUGUAUUCCAGUUGUUCCAGUGGACAAAAGCAUACCAAUCUUAAGGGUAAAGCACCAACUAUGUUUUGUUUCUAGUUUAAUCUGUGUAAUUUACUUGAAAUUUCAAGCAGUGUUCAGUGUGAGGUGCAUGCAGUAAUUUUUUCCCUCUAAAAAGAAAUGAAACAUGCAUAAAAAUAAUGAUCACUUCCAUGAGAGUAAAUCUCCAGUCAUUUUAGUAACCUAAUAAAAGCUAUUUUUAUCUUCAUUGGGAGAUUUCCCCUCAUUGGGGCUGCCAUGUUAGGAUCACAUGACCAGCCGAAAACAUCUCGCUUGAUCUUAGUAACUGGCGUUAUUGAAAACUUUCACUCGUGGAUUAAAUGAAUAAUGUAUGACUGUAGAUGGGGAAUUUCUGCAGUGAGAUCGGUCACUAAAAAUGUUUGAAUGAUGCUGCAUCCUUGCCUAUAGUUGUCAGUUUAAUGGUGCGACAAUAUAUUUAAUGUGCUAAAGCAUAAAAUUAUUAUAUGUUAUCAGAGAUUUAGGAAACAUGCUAAA